GGGGUCUGUCAGCUUGCAAAUUUUGUGUCCGUUCAGUGUGUGUGUGUGUGUGUGUGUGUGUGUGUGUGUGAUGCAGUGUGGUAUGGGGUGGGCGCUGCUGUAGAUGCGACCAAAACUCGAUUUCUCCCUUUUCUCAGUCUCACUUCUUACCUUCACGCAUACAGACAGGUAGGGCACACGGGUCUGGGAGGUGUGUGCACACGUACACAUCGCACACACCCAGAAGUAUCCACACACAGAUACACACUCACCGUGAGUGACCCAUUUCCAUUGGCCAGGCCCACCAACCCUCUGCCUGUCCGAGCUGAAGAACAGGACCAUUUGGGAAAGGAGGAGAAAGAGGUAAGGAUGGUAACGCUGAGGUUGAUGUGGGGACUCCUGGUCCUGUGUGUGGUGGCAGCCUCUCCCCGCAGAUACGUCCGACAAGCAGAACUAGAUAAAUUCUACAACAACAAUGUGGAUUUAGACCUGAAUGUGGAUACCGAUGAUGUCUAUGAUUAUUAUGAUGGAAUUGAUGAACCACAGAUAGAGAUUGGCACCUUGAGACCCGAUGAGGACAUUGAUCCUUCACAUCAUGCCUCAUUGGAGGAAGAAGAAGAGGAGGAGGUGGAGCAUGUGAAGCAUGAAGAACGGAGGAAAGUUGAGGGGAGUGAAGACAAUGAAUUACCCAUAAAGCCUCAGCUUAUUCCAUCUGGCUCUGGGGAGUCCGGGACUCUGAUGGGCCCUAGUGCACAGGGAGAGGAGGAGCUUCGUCUGACGCCCAUUGACAUCCUUCAGAUUUCUGGGGACAUUUCGGGUUCUGGUGACUCGGGCUCUGGAGACUUACUUGAUGACAAAGGGUCCGGUUCUGGAGAGCCUUUGGGCUCUGGAGGUUCUGGGGACUAUGUUGACAUAUCAAGUUCUGUGGACUCAGAGGACCUUGGUUCUGGAGUCUCUGGGCUUUUUGGUUCAGGCAUAAUAUUGAUCUCAGGUGGAGAGGAGGAGCUCCACUUGACGCUUGAAAACAUUCCACACGAGGCCUCUGGGGAUUUUGGAGAGUCUGGAAUCUCUUGGGUAUCUGGAGCUUCUGGGUUACCUGAGCUGUCAGGAGAGCCUUCCGCCUCUGGGGUUCUUGGAGAGCCUGUGGCUUCUGGUGUACUUGAGGGAUCAGGAGAGUCUGGGGUCUCUGAGGUGCCAGAGGUUUCUGGAGAUUCUGGGACCUCCGGGCUGCUUGAGACAUCUGGAGAGCCUGAGAUCUCUGGGCUGCCUGAGGCAUCUGGGAUGCCUGAGGCAUCUGGAGAGCCUGAGAUCUCUGGGUCGCCUGAGGCAUCUGGAGAGCCUGAGAUCUCUGGAUCACGUGAGGCAUCUGGAGAGCCUGAGAUCUCUGGGUCACCUGAGGCAUCUGGAGAGCCUGAGAUCUCUGGGUCGCCUGAGGCAUCUGGAAAGCCUGAGAUCUCUGGGCUGCCUGAUGCAUCUGGAGAGCCUGAGAUCUCUGUGGUGCUUGAGGUCCCUGAAAGGCCUGGACCCUUUGAUGUUGAAUUUGAGCCUAGGGUCCCCGAAGAGUCUAAACAGCCUGAGGUAACUUUGGAAUCAGGAGAGUCUGGGAGCUCAGAGGAGUCUGGGGUGACUGAGGCCCCAGUCAUCACAACCGAAAUAUUAAUACCCGACUUAGAUAAAGAGGAGGAGAUACUCCUAACUACCCCGACCACUCCCUUGGAGGGGACUGGGGUACCUGAUAUUGACAUAGAUACAACAGGUAUGGGUACCUGUUUGCUCUGCACUUGCCUGGUCGGAUCUGUGUACUGUGAUGACCUGAAGCUGGACCAUGUUCCUCCCCUCACCAAAGAAACCACUCAUUUCUAUGCCCGCUACAACAAAAUUGCUAGGAUCGGCAAGUCUAGCUUCGCCAACCUGAAUAAAUUAAAGAGGAUCGAUCUGACUAACAAUGGCAUUUCCUGGAUUGAUGAUGAUGCUUUCUUUGGCCUUCCUGCUCUGGAGGAGUUGGUAUUACGAGAGAAUAGUAUCAGACAACUUCCUGCUCUGCCACACUCUAUGAUCCUUAUUGAUGCCUCUCUCAACCACCUGGGCAGCACUGGCAUUCAGAGAGAAGCUUUCAAGGACAUGCCAGGGCUACUUUACCUUUACUUGACAGACAACAACAUAGACCACAUCCCGGUUCCUUUGCCUGACAGUCUGCGCUCUCUGCACCUACAGAAUAACAAUAUCCAAAUGAUGCAUGAGGACACCUUCUGCAAUCCACAUGACUUGAAUUACAUCCGCAAUGCUCUUGAGGACGUUCGCCUGGACGGUAAUCCCAUCAACCUCAGCAGAACCCCACAGGCCUACAUAUGUUUGCCACGUAUCCCCAUUGGUGCCCUUAUUUAAGCUGAGAAAACGCACAUUCAAAUGCACGUGUACAAAACUCACACGUAUGCACAUGCAUCAAAACUCCUCUGUGUGUACCCCUCUCUCCUUUUUUUUUCUUUUUCACUUUGGGCCCAAGCAAACACUUGGAUAUGAAUGGCUGUCUUUAAAGGAGGUUGGCAGAAAUACAUAAACUCACACUCUCAGAGGAGUUCUGGUGGACACUUCCAACUCUACGCUGCUUGUGUUUCUACCUUUUUACACAGUGCAUAAUUUUCAUAAUGUAGGUGGUUUGUAAUCAUAUCUGGAUUUAUGACGUCUCCCAAACACAUGUGUCUAGCCUCGUAAACAAUCUCUUUUAGAGAAACAGAGAACCAUGCAUAACUCCGAAAGUUUUUUUAUUUAUCAAAUACUAGUGAACCUUUGAGGAAAGUGCAAA